AUGUCCCCUGCCGGCGAGACAGGCACAUCGUCUACUCCGCCACAGGCCAAUGCACCAGCUCAUCAUGCUAGCACAAUAGAAUACACCCUAAAGAGCCUUGGGGCUCACGUCGUCAACGAGAACAUCGGCGUGGUCGGUGUCCAGGCUGAAGAAGUCCGCCCAUGGAUCCAGCGGGACAUCGAGCAGCGCACUUCUUGCGCUGCAGAGACUAAACAGCCUGAGCUCGUGCAAAAGUGCCCCAUGGAAAUUGUGCCGGUCUGCAAUGGACAGGCCUCCGCUGGAGACAUAUAUUCUUCGGCCGUUGUCCAGGAUUGGGUGAUGACCAAGAUCUAUUUGGGGGAGGAGGAUCGCACUAGCAAGCCGGAGAUCCUCAAAAAAGUCAAGGAGAUCGCUAAGCUGCACGAUACAGUAAAAGACUAUAUUCCCGAGUUCCUCUGGCACUACACGUUUACGAACCCCACGUCCGCCAUCCGAGAAGCGUUCGGUGUUCCAGAACCCACCACAGGCAGUCACGGGCUCUACAUUCUCGCAUUCCGAAAGCUCCACCCCAUCACGAAGCUUCACGGCAAAGAGCUUUUCGACGUCUGGCGUCAGUGUAUCCCGUGUCACCUUAAUCUGUGGAAGGAAGGUGUCUAUCAUCAAGAUAUCACCCCUGGAAACUUGAUGUGGUACAGGAAAAACGGCAAACUGAUCGGUGUGCUAAACGACUACGAUCUAUCGUCGUCGGCGAAUGUAGUGGGUCCUCGGGGCAACGAACGUAUGGGCACGGUACCGUUCAUGGCGCUGGAUGUUCUCAGUGCAAAGGCUCAACGAGGCGAAGUCAAACACCUGUAUCACCAUGAUCUGGAGUCUUUUAUGCGGGUUUUUGCCUGGGUUUUCUUGCACGCCAUUGCAUGUGACGAGAAGAAGUUGUUCUUUCUGGAAAACGCUUUCGAUUAUCAACCUCCGGAAUUCCCAACUUCUGAAUUGGACAUAGAUUGGUCUUUAUGGGAACUUCUUGUAGAUUGUUUUGAGGCGCUCGAUACAGCUGCCUACAAUCGCCGUAGUCGCGUUCGCCGUAUUCGACUUCUUCAACAGCGAUCGAUGGAAGGAGCAGGCGAGCAGACAAACGAUGAAGAAUCAGUAUCAGAUAUGGACGAUUUGCUACACAAAUUCACAGGCACUAUGGCCUGGGUUAAGUUCAGCAAUCAUUCACCUUCACAGUGA